AUGAUCAGUUUGUUCUUAUUCAUAAGCAUAACAGAAUGACUCAAACGCUGCUGUUUGAUCUCUCUGUACUUACAUUUCUUCUUAAUUUUAAAUUCUUCUCUGCUAGUAUUCUUUAGACCCAACACUGGUUAUUCCCCCAUCUCCAAAAGUAUUUCUAUUUAUUUUCCAUCCUUUCUACAGUGCCAUUUAAAUAAAAAUAUCUUAAAGCAACAAAACAUUGUUAUUGAGCCAGUACCUCAGCCCAUGAAGCUUAAUAAUAUGGAGAGCAAAACAAAGCCACCCAAGUUUUUUCAAAUAGUACACGAUCCUAGUUUGCCCCGCCCCCACCGAAAACGUGCCACGAAGUUUGCAGAAAAAAGCUUUCGGGGAGGAGCCCUGGCUGCUUAGGUCUCUCCAUUGGUUCUGCCUGGUGACCACGCCCCCAUCCCCGCCUCCUGGGCGGAAGAGCCAAUUGGGCCGCGAGUUGUGGUUUAAACCGGGAGUGCGCGGCGUCCGUUCCCUGUGAUGUCAGAGGAAGGUGGCUGUUGAGAGCGUUAAUAAUCCAGAAUGGCUACUUUGAUCUAUGUUGAUAAGGAAAAUGGAGAAACAGGCACCCGUGUGGCUGCUAAGGAUGGGCUGAAGCUGGGGUCUGGACCUUCAGUCAAAGCCUUAAAGGGGAGAUCUCAAGUUUCAACACCACGUUUUGGCAAAACGUAUGAUGCUCCACCAGCCUUACCUAAAGCUACUAGAAAGGCUUUGGGAACUGUCAACAGAGCUACAGAAAAGUCAGUGAAGACCAGUGGACUCCUCAAUCAAAAACAACCAAGCUUUUCUGCCAAAAAGAUGACUGGGAAGACUGUUAAAGCAAAAAGCUCUGUUCCUGCCUCAGAUGAUGCCUAUCCAGAAAUAGAAAAAUUUUUUCCCUUCAAUCCUCUAGACUUUGAGAGUUUUGACCUGCCUGAAGAGCACCAGAUUGCACACCUACCCUUGAGUGGAGUGCCUCUUAUGAUCCUUGACGAGGAGAGAGAGCUUGAAAAGCUGUUUCAGCUGGGCCCUCCUUCACCUGUGAAGAUGCCCUCUCCACCAUGGGAAUCCGAUCUGUUGCAGUCUCCUUCAAGCAUUCUGUCGACCCUGGAUGUUGAAUUGCCACCUGUUUGCUGUGACAUAGAUAUUUAAAUUUCUUAGUGCUUUAGAGUUUGUAUUUGUAUUAAUAAAGCAUUCUUUAACAGA